AUGCGUUUGGUACUGAGACCAUUGAAUGGAAAGGUGAAUAAGACAGUCCUUGCUCUUGAAAGUCAAAAAGCCACCUGUCAAUUGCUAUACAGUCCUCUGCAGUCACUUGUAGAACUACUCAGCACAGUACUGCAAAUCAGUGAAGACUUUCUGAAGGAGGUUCUUGCUCAGUUGAGACUUGAAGUACAGGUAGGAAUGAAGCAGGUGAAGAAGCAUGGGGGAGAAGAGCUGAAAGGGAAGAGGGACCAGCACACUUCAAAGAUCAAGGCUCUGCUACCUGGAAAAUUGAUGGGAGGGAAGCUUCGAGUACAAGCGCUCCACUCACUGAAGCAUUUCAUAACUGCUGCUUCCACACUGUCCGGGCGUAUUACACUAUCAGUUGUGCGACUCCUACUUAUUACCACUAAUUGCUGCAGAGAGAAUGAUGCUGACCACGGCAGAGCAGCUACUAAACCUAAGAAGCGUUGGGCUGUGGGGUUUGUUUUGAGGGAAACUGUCAGUUCUGAGAGAAGCUGUGAGGGAAGCGGAAUCUGCGCGGCCAGAUGGAGGAGCUGGAGGACGCGGCCCGCGGGGGCUGUGGGCGGGCGGGGGUUGGAGCGCGCUGCGGAAGCCAGGAGCCGCGAGCCCGCGCCGCCCGGACGGAGUUCGCUGCGGCACCACCGGCCGCGUCGGAGGCGCCUUUGCCCCGGGCGGAAAAGGGUGAACCCGGACCCGGGAGGGGGACGCCUGGCGCGGCGCGGAGCCGUCAGGCCGGGCGUGGAGUCCGGUGAGCGGCGCCCGGGGCCCACACGCCUUGCCCGCGGGGAAUGGGAGUUAAGAAUCAACCCGGGACAAGGACCCUCUGCUGAAUGCGCGUGUGCAGUGUCUCCCGGACCCCUGGUGCUCCUCACCGACCCUGGCGCCAUCGCAGGCCCCGCUGGGUCCCUGACCGGGUGUGAAAAGCAGACUCGCGUGUUUGGACCCGGCCCCCUCGAUUACAGGUCGUACGAGCACAUCACAUACUGGCAGCGUGGUUCCCAUCUUCAGAAAAAAGUUAUGAAGAAUGAGCUCAGAUAUUACCAGGUAGUAAUUUUCUGCUGAUACAUUAAUCACUAUUGAAAUUUUAAGGUUAGAAACUCAGUGAAUGACAAAAAGUGGCACCAAAACCGUAAUAAUCAUGAUAAUCACAAUUAAAAACUGAAGCACACAUAACAAAGCAACAGUCAUUCUUUUCACCUCAACAUCAUUGAGAUAUAAUUUGAAGAAAUGAAAAUAAAAUCUACACUGGCUAUGGAAUAUAUGUAUAUGUAAUUUUACAUGUGAGUAGUCAAACAUGAACAUGCCAAAUAACUUUAAUCAAUUUAGAAGUUUAACUGUGUAAAUUGAAACCUGUUCUUGGCAAGGGAAGACUGAAAAUUAUCUUCCAUAAAAAUAGUCUCCAGUGUAGUGUCACAAUAGUUAACCAGAGCCUAAUUUCCAUUAGUCUGUACACUGCUGUUGAUGUCAAGACCAAACCUUGUAACAUUUAGUUAUGUCUCAGUAGUGAGAGUAACUUUAGGCUUUAAA